CCCCGCCAAAGCAAGCAAAAUGGCGGCUCUCCCAAACCAGCUAGCUCACGAGUUUCACGGGCACCAAGACGCCAUUAGAGCCAUUAGAUUUACUAAAAGUGGAGAAUAUUGCUUAACAUGCAGUGCUGAUAAAACAGUUAGGCUCUGGAACCCCCACCGGGGUCUGGGAAUCAAAACCUACAAGGGGCCGGGGCAAGAAGUAUUAGACGCAACAGCUGCCCAUGACAACGGUCGAAUUGUUUGUGGAGGGAGGGACAAAGUCGUGUACUUGCUAGACGUCAGUACCGGCCAACCAAUCAGGAAAUACCGAGGACACUAUGGAGCUAUUAAUUGCGUAAAAUUUAACGAAGAAUCAUCCGUCAUCAUAACAGGUUCUUAUGAUUCCACUGUUAGGGUUUGGGAUUGCAAGUCACGUACAUACGACCCAGUACAAGUGAUGGAGGAAGCAAAAGACAGCAUUACAUCACUCUUUGUAUCCAACCAUGAAAUUUUGACUGGAUCAGUUGAUGGAAAAGCUCGUCGCUAUGACAUUCGUUUUGGCAAACUUUUUUCAGACACAGUAGGACAACCUGUUACUAGUGUUAGUCUUUCAAGGGAUGGAUUAUGUGUACUAGUAUCAUCACUUGAUAAUCAUAUCAGACUAUUAGAUAAGGAAAAUGGGGAAUUACUGAACACGUUCAAAAGUCAUUCCAAUACAGAGUAUAAGAUAGACAGUUCUCUCACUCACGAUGAUUCACAUAUUGUGAGUGGAUCGGAAGAUGGAAAGAUUUACUUUUGGGAUUUAGUAGAAGGAAAUGUAGUGCAGACAUUAAAGCAGAGCCAAUCAUCAUCUUGUAUUGUAUAUUCCCUCUCCUAUCAUCCUAAUGCAGCAUGUUUACUGUCAGCUGGAUCUGAGGGACCAGUGAAGGUCUGGAAGAGACAAGAAGACAUGAAGGAAGACGAGGAUGAAGAUGAUUAGGUUACAUGUCAUCAGUCUUUUAUUAAUAAGGAGUGAUGAAUUGCUUCUUUUUCCAUGUAUACUCAUUACUUUGUACAGCGGUUUCAGUCACAGGGAGCACAUUCAUAACCAACUGUCAAUAUUAAUGAUUUUUAGAGAAAAGUACAUGUGUAUUGUACAUGUAUUACAGAGUUAAUAUUAAAUGCUGAACAAUAAAGAUUUGUUCUUCACAGCUAACAUUGUUUUCCUUAA